CUCACAUCCUUCCCAUCACACAGCAGUAUAAAAUCCAAGAAAUCCCUGCGUUGUAGCAGACGUGGAUAAACUGCACAUACACCAAACACAAUGGCAAGGAUUUUAGUGUUUCUCCUACUUCAGACCUUUCCUUGUUUUAAAUCCGAAGAACAUGUAAUUACAGAGCUGUACACGGUGGUUGAAAAGGGUCCAAGCGGAUUUGUUGAAGGAGCUCAACUCAACCAGAGCAGACUGGUGGUCAAGGAGCCGUCUUUACCCAUUAAUGAGCUUUUAGAGAAGAACAGCCGAACAAGCGAGUCGAAGUUUACCUUGCACCCUCUGCCUUCUGCGGUGUGGCCCAAACAUAGUGACUUGGUUCCCAUGUCCCGCCACCAUAAUCUCCACAAUAAGAGCAAAAAGGGUUUAAAGACUGAUCGCCUGAUUGAGCACAACAGUGAGAAGACCAGAGAGAGCACAGGUUUGCUUCCAAAAAGUCCAGUAAUAGGAUCUACAGUUCCCGUCACCAAUAAAACUGCACCAAAAUCCAACCAAGACCCCCUCUCCAGCACAAGCCCACCCCAGGUCAGUGAUCAUGAAGUGCACACCAACAGCAGAGCCAGAGUGCCUCCUCCACCUCCUCAGCCUGAACCUCCAGCCAGUGUCCCGCGCAGAGACUCAAACCGCAGGAUGAUGGACCCUGAAGAGAACCGUCCGGGCAAGUCCAGUAUCUAUCAGUCAGGAAUUGUGAGCCGAAACAGCAGCCGCCCCUCUGUGCUGUUCAACCGACGCUCCUCCAGCCUCCUCUAUCACUUUGAUGUACUUAGGAGAGAGUCGGACUUCACACAUGACGCUUUCUGCCUGAGCGAGUGCAGGAAGGAGAGGGACGAGCGCGAACAUUACUGCUACAGCGAGUUUGCCAUCAAUGGGAUCGUCCAUGACAUCGAUGUGCUGCGUAAAGGAGUUCGUCUGAUCACACUCAUGGUGACCAGUGAUGGAUUCUACAAAAUGAGCCGCCUCUAUGUGACCCCCGACAGCUUCUUCUUCAAAGUCCGCCUUCUGGUCGUGGACACAUUCAAAUGCAGCAAACCGUGUCCAGAUAUCAAACUUGGGACCAGAUACAUUAUAAUGGGUCAGAUCUACCACCGGAGGCGCCAUCUCCCCUCUGACCUCUUACUUCUUGUUGGCGGCAAACUGAAGCCUGGAGACGGUCUGCUUCGAAGCAACAACUACAUCAAGAGAUUCAACAAACGGAGACACCAGAAAGCUGUGGACGCCACCCGCUCCAAGUGUAGGUGAACUGUACAGACUGCUGCCCUUCGCUGAGGGCCAGAGACACUGAAGCUGACAGGACUGGUCAUAACUAGCCUCACAGUGAAUGAAACAAAAAAGAUAUGAGGGAAAAUACAUGGACUUAUAAUGGAUAGCUCUUAUAUCACCAUGCACCUUUCAUUUGUCUCUUAGCAGCCUGGGUCAAAAUGUAUAGAUGUUCCUUAAGGAUGUAAACUUGGCCCGCUACUAUUCUAGAAAAAAAAUUGUUUAUUCAUGGCUGGUACAUGAAAUCUACCCACACUGUCCUAUUUUACUGACAAAACUCAUAAUAACUUAAAUAGUAUAUCCCUAUAUUUUCUCCCAAGUGUCCUUAAAAGUUCCCAUAGCCUCUUAGUGUCGGUUCAGAUGGAGUUGUUUUAUAGCCUAGGAAACAUUUUAGUUUAAUGAUGUUGUAGGUCGGAGAACAAGAGCGAGCUACGUUAUUAAUGUCUUCACAAUAUUAAGAAGCAUGGAACUUCAAACAAGGCCUGGCUAAAUAACAAAAAGGAGUAAGUUAUAUAUGAGUGGACUAAGCCAUAAAUUCAUUCUGAUCCUAGAGGGGGAUGAUUUGGCAAUCUCAUCUUGGGAACUGAGAACCAGAUGCCAAAUGUCAACAUCGCCAAACCAGGAAUUAUGUAAAAAGAUCUAUCUGUUCUUCUGAUUGUAGUUGGACCUGGAAUGGGAGCGAUUUGCACUGUUUUAUACACGUUUUUGAAAAUAAAAUGUGUUUUUGUUCUUACCUACAAGGAUUAUCUGUAGCGUGAAUCAUUAUCAUUCCCAAACACUGCAAGAGAUGAGCUGCUGUGACUAUAUGACACAAUAAUUACACUGUACAUAGUCUCCGUCUGGAUUUAGGGAAAACAUUUUUGAGAUUGUUCCCUUUUUUUUCCAUCUUAAUUGUCAGUCAGCUGAAGCGGUCAGUUCCCAGGCCUAUCUGAGAUCAGCACUGGGGGGAACAGAUGGAGGCGGACAGGAAGCUACGAUCACAGCGGGGGGACAUUCUUGUAGCCAAAGAUGUGAAGACUGCGAGGUGGGAAGAUUUCCAAGUGGUUUCCCGUGUGAUAGGCCGAUCCCCAAAGCCACAAGCAGAAAGAAGAGGGGUGGGGUGAGGUGGGGGCUGUUCUGGAGUCAAUUUGUGGUUUGAUUUGCAGGUCAAAUGCAGAGACAUGAGGUGGGGUGAAAGGUCAUUUUGGAUUUAAACAAAGCAGGGUUUUAAAGUCAUCACAUGCAUAUGAACUCCUUGCAGUAUUUUGAGAUAAGGGUUGGGGAUGACACAAAGAGGACACUGAUCUGUCGCGUUAUUUGAUUGAAUUAUUGCAACAAAUAACAAGACAAAUGAAACACGCAUUUUCUUUUUAAAAAACAGGGCGUCCAAAACAUUUUAUUUUACAUGGUGAAUCAUCCCAUCAAGUACAAAAGAGAAUCUCUUCAUGACUGCCACUUUUUGUUCAAUUUUAUCAAACGGGCCAAAUUAUAUUUUUUAUAAAUAAAUAAAACCAUAACAUAUAACAUAAUAGUUUGAAGGUGUUAAGUAAAACCCACUACCUAUAAAUAAAAAAUGUAAUAUUACUUUUCCAUUCAAAAUAUUUAGUACACAGCGAAGAAAGGGCAAUUUCACCUAUUUUGAUUUAAAAGAAAAAUAGUUAAAUAUUUUCAUGGACGUAGCUGCUGGUUCUAUGAGAAAAAUAAAUGUUUCUACGACUCUAAAAAUCUGUAUUUAACAUUUGUCAUUAGUUAAUAUACAA